AAUUCACGAGAGUCAAUGUCAACACUUAAUGAAUAAGCUUGAUUCGGCGAAAUCAGAACAGUCAGUACAGGCACCAGCUCCCCGAGAAAGUCGUCCGUCGAUUCUCAAUAAAUCGUCAGGCCCUGAGCGUUGCAAAACUAGAUCAACAAGCCGUGAACCUAAAGAAACAAUAAAUAUUGUGAGUAUGAGUCCCAACAAAACGAAAAAAAAAACUUCAGCGGUUAUUAAUUGAUACUUAUGUUACUAGCAGCGUCCUUCGUUUGCCGAGGGAAUUGUUCCGAGUAAGAAAGCAUCGAACGUCGUUUCAGGCGACACUAUGAUGGCGGUGGUUGUGGAUGGCUCGGAGUGUUCCAAUAUCGGACUAGUGACCGAUGUACCUGAAACAAAAGUUUAUCGUGGUUCAUUCCCUAAGAACACUGCUUCAAGCAAGUGUGCACCACAAGACAUUUCGGAUGAUAUUGAAAUGUCGGAAGCCAUGGGUGCAACGAAGCAUCCCAUAAUCGAACCCGUAGACGUUGAGCCUGGUACUAGGACUAUUAGCGUUCUGAAUCGUCCAUUGCCAGAGCAUCCUAGUUCAAUGGCUAGCGCGUUGGACGAAGCUACAGACGGGAGUAUAAUCGUAGCAGUUGUAGCAGGAUUGCGAUGCCCGUUCCUGAUCGAUUCGGGAGCGCAGGUCAACACAUUCACCGAGGAUUCUUUCUGCAAGUUGAUGUCAGAUCCUGCAUAUAGCAGCGAAGUAUUCGAAGUGAAGUGUGGAACCGAUAGGCCGCUAAAAGCGUAUGCGUCUUCUGGAAACAUUGAGGUAAUGGCCACAUUCAAUGCAUAUCUGUUCAUCUCUGAUGACAGACCGAUUUUGUUGGAAAAGUUUUAUGUGGUUAAGGAAGCACGAGCUCUUCUAAGCAGAACAACUGCAUCGCGAUACAGUGUUCUAAUGCUUGGGCUAAAGGUCCCCGUACAGACCGUACAGACACAGCCAGUUGCUGCUCACCACGUAUAUGCUGGGGAGAUUGCAGUGCUUGACACGGACGACAUUUUUCCAAAAUUCAAUGUUCCUCCAGUCAAGAUUCACUACGAUAAGUCGAAGCCACCGUGCCGGAACAUUUUCCUGAACAUCCCGGCGGCCGUGAAACCUCUAGUGGAAAAACGGAUCCAGGAGCUGAUUAAGGCAAACAUAAUAGAACCAGUCAUCGAUGGAAUGGAUACGUCCUUCUGCUCUUCCAUGUUGGUUGUACCUAAAGGAAAAGAAGACAUCAGGCUGGUUAUUGAUUUGCGAGGUCCCAACCGAUAUAUUUAUCGGACUCCCUUUUCGAUGCCAACGUUGGAGCAAAUUUUGGCUGAAAUAGAUGGAGCUACCUGGUUCUCUACAAUUGACAUUUCGAAUGCGUACUUCCAUAUCGAGUUGGACGAAGAGUCAAGGCAUCUGACCAACUUCUUCACGGAGUUUGGCAUGUUUCGUUGUGUGAGGCUGCCAUUUGGACUCUGCAAUGCUCCGGAUUUAUUUCAAGAAACGCUACAGAGGAAGAUACUUGGCGGAUGUAAGGGAUGCAAGAAUUAUCAGGACGAUGUCCUGGUAUUCGGCGCGACGAAAGAAGAGCAUGAUCGAAACUUGGAGGCUGUCCUCGCGUGCUUGGCUAAUCAUAACGUAAAACUAAAUGAAGAGAAAUGUGUCUUCGGCAGCCAGAUCGUCGGAUUCCUGGGUUUCACGCUGACGCCGCAGGGUUGGAUGAUCGAAGAGGAAAAGAUCUCGGCUAUCAACAAUUUUCGGACGCCUGUCAGCUGCUCGGAGGUCAAGAGUUUUCUUGGCUUGAUAACGUUCGUUGAUAAGUUUAUCAUCCAUCGGGCUACAAAAACGGAGCAUCUACGAGCAUUAGCCACUUCAGAGAGAUUCUACUGGACAGAGAAAGAAGAGGCGGAGUUUUCCUACCUAAAGAACGAGGCGUUCAAGACAAUCAAGCGUUUAGGAUAUUACAAUCCAUCGGACCGAAUCGAGCUAUUUGUGGACGCGUCACCUACGGGACUGGGAGCCGUGCUGGUCCAAUAUAACGCUUCUGAACAACCUCGAAUCAUUGCUUGUGCGUCGAAAGUGCUCACUGCCACCGAACAGCGCUACCCCCAAACACAGAAAGAGGCUCUGGCUGUCGUUUGGGGCGUGGAGCGGUUCAAUUAUUAUCUGUUGACAACAUCGUUUGUAAUCCGAACGGAUGCCGAGGCCAACCAAUACAUUUUCAACACCAACCACCGACUAGGACGAAGGGCUGUGACGCGUGCAGAAGGUUGGGCCUUGAGAUUGCAACCGUACGACUUCACUGUUCAACGCGUAGCCGGUGUUGAGAACGUAGCUGAUGCACUAUCUAGGUUGAUACCCGAAACGCAGCAAACCGAACCGUUUGAAGACGAUGAAGAGAAACACUUCCUAUAUGCCUUGGAUCCAGGUUGUAUGGAGCUUACUUGGACUGAAAUUGAGAGUAGGUCAGAAGGUGACGAAGAACUACAACUGGUACGCAAAGCAUUGGAAACGAACAAAUGGCCGCAAGACAUUCGUGCAUAUGAAGCUCAAAAGAAGAAAAUGCAUUGCCUCGGAUUUCUGGUAUUCAAGGAUGAACGAACGAUCCUGCCACAUUCUCUUCGUAGGAAAGCGCUAGAGUCUGCUCAUGGCGGACAUAUAGGUGAAGUGGCCAUGAAGCGCAUAAUGCGUCAGUUUUUCUGGUGGCCAAAAAUGUCGGUUGAAGUAUCUCGUUUUGUUAGGAACUGCGAAACCUGUACACUAUUGUCCAGACGUAAUCCGCCGCUACCACUUGCUUCAAGGGAUCUUCCAGACGGACCGUGGGAGAUACUGCAGAUUGAUUUUUUGUCAGUACCCAACUUCGGAACAGGGGAGUUUUUGGUUGUAGUUGAUACAUACUCGAGAUACCUUCAUGUUGUUGAGAUGAAAUCCUUGGACGCAGAAAGUACGAACUCUGCCCUGUGUGAGGUGUUCCAUACCUGGGGCUAUCCUGUUAUAAUUCAAAGUGAUAACGGGCCUCCUUUUCAAAGCACAGCGUUUAACGAAUACUGGAAAGGAAAAGGGAUUGAAAUACGUAAGGCAGUGCCUCUGAGUCCUCAAUCCAAUGGGGCUGUCGAAAGACAGAAUCAGGGGAUUAUAAAAGCCAUGUCAGCAUCCAGGAUCGACGGGCGAAACUGGCGUAAUGCUCUCCAAGAAUAUGUUCAUCGACAUAAUACGCUGGUGCCUCACUCACGACUGGCGGUGACGCCUUUUGAACUAAUGGUAGGAUGGAAACAUCGGGGCACGUUUCCUAGCUUGUGGGGAGGAGCCUCGAACGAAGAGCUUGAUCGUGAAGAAGUCCGUGACCGUGAUGCAGAGACGAAACUUUCGAGUAAGAUGUACGCUGAUUCAGUUCGGGGCGCCAGGGAAUCCAACAUUAAGAUAGGGGAUGUCGUGCUACUGGCUCAGCAAAAACGGAACAAAACAGAUCCAACGUUCUCGUCGGAGCGCUACAGGGUUGUAGCUAGAGAAGGGGCUAAAGUGGUUGUAAUAAGCAAAGCUGGUGUUCAAUACGCAAGGAAUGUCCAGGAAGUUAAAAGGGCACCUGAUUUUGCAAUCGACACUGGCGAAGCUUCUGAUGAUCACGCUGAGGAUGACACAGUCCCAAGCUUUGCUAAUUCUGGGAACAUUUCGGAGAAUGACGGCGCAAGUUCAUCGCAGCAGGAGAUAAUACCUCGAGCACUCCGAAGUCGACAGCAAAUAAAACGUCCCUCGAGAUUCGACCAUAAUUUUGUGUAUCGCGUGUUUCAUUAGACGCCGAAGUUCGUCGGUGGCCGCAGUGCAAACUAUUUUUUUCUCACUUUCACUGAUGAGUUUGUUUAAAUAAAUAAUGGUUACUAUGAAGUUGGAAAAAAAAGUCACCUACUAUGUUUUCUUUCCUUUUGUACUCAGUGUCACGUCGGUCUCAUCCGUAUUUUUUUUUAGGUUCCAGUCGAAUACAGAUGCAAACAAAAUACGAACUGGUGCCUAAACGUUUAAUGAAUUGCUUUCACUUGUUCCGAUUGUGGUAGAGAAAGCCUACAAUGAAAAGAUUAAUUAAAAUAGAAUGUUGCU